AGGACGUUGCUCCUGCCAUCGUAACCUAUGUAGUGCAAAAGGGCGAAACGCUUUGGGACGUUGCCGUCCAACAUGGCGUGUCCAUGCGCACCAUCCGCGACCUCAACAAGCUCCCCGGCAAAGAGCCCGUGCUGGCUGAGGGCCAGCAGCUGCUGGUCCCCGCGUCCGGCAUCACAGCGGUUCCAACAGUGGACGAGGCGGCGUCAGCGGCCGCACUUGGCUCCACACCUGCACGAGGACUAUGGGCCGGCUCGGACCACGUGCGGCUCGCCUCCGUGUCGGAUGCGCGGCAGCUCUACCUGCGGCAGUGCGAGCGCGGCAACUCGCAGAACACGCUGCUGGUGCUGUUCGCGCCCUGGUGCCCGCACUGCCGGGACAUGGAGGACGAGCUUGAGCGCCUAGCCGAGGGGCUGUCAGCUGUCCCCGCCGUGCGCGUGGUGGCAGUCAACGGCGACUCCCCUGAGGGCAGGCUGUUCGCACGCGAGGUGCUGGGCGUGGCCUACUACCCCUCCAUCAUCGCCUUCCCGCAGCACUCCCGCACCUUCUUCAAGUACAAGGGCCGGCAGCGGGACGCGGAGGCGCUGCUGCGCUUCCUCAACAUGACCUGCUGCGCGCGCGAGGACGCCAUGUGGAGCCUGCGGCCGGUGGGCACCACGGCGGCGGUGGCGGGAGGUGGCGGCAAGGGUGGUCCGUUGCAGUGGGCCAACCAGGUGCUGCCAGUGGGUACCUCACCGGGCGCCUUGGCGACGGGGCUGGCGGCGCUGGCGGCGGCGGCGCUGACGGCGAGCGUGUCGUACCGGGCCGUACGCCGCCGCUCCGCUGCCGCCGCCGCCGCUGGUGGUGAUGGAAGUGGCGUUGAGGCGAAUGUGGUGGCUGAGUUGGAUAGCAGCCUGGGCCGCAUGGCGACGUUGAUGCUGCGUGCGGUGGGGACGAGGCUGGCGUUAAUGCUGGGGCUGGUGCAGGCGUCGCCGUCGCCGCCGGCAGUGGCAGUGGCAGCAGUGGCGGAGGUGGCCGUGGAAACAGGCGCAGCAGCGGGAGCGCCUGUAGCACUGCCGCCGGCAGCAGCAGCGUCAGCUGCGACAGAGGAGGCACGGGCUUUAGGAGAAGGGUUGGCAUCAGCGACCCAGGGGUCAUCAUCAGCAUCAGCACCUGCUGCUAGCGAUACCGUACCCGUACAACCCAUGCCGGGUCCAGAGUCCUCCUCGCCUUGUGAAAGCAGCAGCGGCAGCAGCGAUGGCUGCGUUGGUGCGGUACCCGCGACUACUACAGCGGGGUCAGUGGCUGCCGCUCAGCCCACCUCAGCAGAAGGUGCAGCUGCCGCCUCCGCCGCCGGUUCGUCUUCCCCCACGCCGGUGCCCCACCGUGAGCUGACGGCUGAGGAGCGGCUGAGACUGACUCGGCUUACGGAUGACGAGCUGAUUGCGCUUGUAAACAGCGAGCCGGAUCUCGAUAAGGUGCUGUCGCGGUUGCUGGGAGACAGGUAGCAAGGCCGCGUGGUUGUUGUUGAAUGACGAGACGUGGGUGGAGAAAGGAGAUGCUUGUGGGUAAGUACAUGGCUAUUUGGGUGCAUGCAUGCAAGCGAUGCGUGUUGGGACGGCAUCUGUGUGUAUGUGCCGUUCACAUGCUUUUGUGAGGCGGGGGCGAGGGCUGUUGGUUCGCGAGGCGAGUGAAGGCGAUGUGGGUUGGGGGGCAUGAUGGGUUGUUCUGACUGAAGGCCGAUGCGCGAGCAGCAGCAGCAGCCGUUAACAGCUUUAGCUCGUAUGACGCGAUGUAUGUGCGUUAAUUUGCGCUCAUUGCGUUUAGAAAUGCUGCGGCAAUGGGCUACUAUCAAUAAUAUUCUAGAGAAGGGGCGUGCGCGUGCAAGGAAAGGUUGGGAGCAGGAGGGCAAUGCUGUGAGCUGAUGGGAAGCGCUAACUGUGGUUGCACUCGACAAUCGGACGGGGGGGAUUAUUUCCGUUAUAAAGUAUUCCACGUGCUUUGUGGAUGUGUGUGGAUGUCCUGUCAGAUGGCUACCGACGGGAGGGGAUGACAACCAUGUGCUUGGACAUGUCAGAAGGUAGCAAGCGGGAAGGCCAACAUGAGGCCAUAACAGGUUUACCUUAACCGGUAAGAGGCUUGUUUGUGCACUGGCUGGUGAGGACAAGACAUCUGAUGACAGCUUGGACUCUUGGACACUGGCAUGGCAGUAUGAGGUGUGAGACGCAAGGCGGAUUCUCCUUCUCGGUGUGUGAACAAACAUACCGGUACCGAUGGAAAGCCGUUGCCAGCACGUGUUUUCCAUUACUACAAUUUACUACGGUUAAUGUCCUGGUUUUUGCAUAUACCUUUGAACUGUGCGCGCGGGAAUGGUUGAGAGUAUGCCUUGUGUCUGUGACUCUGCGUGGCAGGACGGCUGUUGGUAGGUGGGUGCUGAUAGCGUGUCGCUGGGAUGUAAUAGCGGCACCCAUAGCUGUGUGGGUUGCCCAUAGGGGAGUUUCAUUCACUAGGGUCUUCGUGGUCCCUUUGGCCCUUCCGUAAGAGGUGAUACGUGGCGGUGGGGGUCCCAGGUCUCAGCCGCCACACCAAGCGAGAGCCAAGGAGUGCGGACUAGACGGGCCCUAUGUCGCCUGCAGCGCAUGUUGUUGCUUCCAGUGCAUCAACCUCCCCCCUGCCUUCCGAGCCAUAGGCUACAUGUGAAACGCCAGGCCGGAAGGAGGAGGCUUUAGCAGCGUGUGAAGUGAAGUGUCGUGCAGGCGGGUGUGUGCAUCAGGUGUAUGGCUGCAUGGUUCCCAGGGUUACGUAGCUGUAACUGCAAAGAAAACGUGCC